UACCUGGUUUAUCUCUCGGUCUUAUUUAUUAUUUAUGAUUCAAUUAAAAUCCAAAAUCCGCGUCGAAUAUUAAUAUACUGCCACUUUGGAAACAACACAAAUUAGUAUUGUUUUAAAGAUUUUAAUGAAUGCGGCAUCAAUCGACAGAGAAAAAUUCGCUGCUUUCGACUACAUAGUAUUUAAUUAUCUUAUUUUCAACCUAGAUGUCGCUUAAACCAAAUAGCCUUUCACCCCUCGAUAUCAUAUCAUCGCCCGGGAGAUAAAUUAAAAUCGUGAUCAUUCAACGCGACCUCAAAUAUUAUUGUGUAUAAUCUAUGAACGCGACUGUUGCGCGCAGGCGCGUAGGCACUUUAGUACGUACCUACAUAAUACAAAUAAAUACACUUAUUACAUAUUAGUAAUUAUUUAAGAUUUAAGCUUCACUCUUUAGUCGAUUUCCAGAUUCCAGAGUUCGUCAAGAAGUGACUUGAAGCGAGUCGCCGCUAGUGUGUAUGUGUUUACAUUAAGCGCUCUUCAAAAUUCAAUCAUAAACAUGGAGACAGAAGGACAGAAAUUCUACAAACACAAAAUCAAACUCGAUACUUCGAACAAUCACGAAAUGUUUUCUGUACUGGUACCCAAAGGAAGUACCUCGUAUCAUGAACAAGUCAAUGAUCAAAAUAUUAUUAAUUCGAAAAACAUAGAAUGCGACGUAAUUAUUAACGAAGUAAUUAUUAAAAUGGAAAGAGAGUAUGAAGAUGAAAUAGACAACGCUGAAUUAACAGAAACAGAAGGAACCAUUAAUAACGACAGCAGCUUUCAACAGACUAUUAUUGACAUGAUACCUGAAAAAAAUAUGGAUGUAAUGAGGAAAUCUUUAGAAGAUGAUAAUGACAAUGAACAAAUAAUCCAAAAAGCGGAUGAUCAUACAAUAGGGAAGAAAAACAAACAGGCUGGAUUUAAAAGAAGCCACAUUGAUUUCUUAAGGGAAAAUGAAGGUUUUUUCCGGGACUCAACAUCAUAUAAAGAAACAGAUGAUCGAUCUUCAAAUGAUCAAGAUGAUCAAGCACCAAAGAAGAAAAAGAAAACAAGCCCAAAAGAUGGAAAAGUAGAUAAUGCAGGAUUAAAAAAGAAAAGAAUAAAUAAGAAAAAGAUAAGAAAGGAUGCUAGAUCAAAAGGCAUUCAAUAUGUUAAGGCAAAUGGUACAAUCGCGAAAGAAAGAACCAUGAAACCGAAUCCUUGCUUAGAAAAGAACUGUCCCUAUAAAUGUCAAGAGAUAACCACGGAAAGAAGAAGUGCCAUAUUUAAACAUUUCUGGGAAUUGUCUAUGGAAAGAAAAAAGCAAUGGAUAAUCUCUAUGACCACUAAGCAAUCCAUAAAAAGGAAAAGAUCCAAAAACUCAAAUUACAGGAAUAAUACGUUCUUUUAUUUUAUAAAUGAUGGAAAAAGUCGGCGUCAAGUCUGUUUGAAAUUCCUCAUGAAUACACUUGAUGUCACCCAAAGGUACAUUUAUUAUACAUUGACGAAAUAGGAACUUGGUAUUACCGAAAGAUGGAAGAAGAAAAUGUAUCCCCGUCUCUGGGUGUGAAAAGUGUCCGUUAAAAUCUGCUAAAUAAGGGUGGCGCUACAGUAGCAACCGGGUAAAUUUUAAAAAAGGCGCUGAAAGUUUUUAGAAUAAGA